UGUGUCCGCUGCGGAGGCGCAGCGCAGCCAAACAUAUACUCUAGCCGUAUACACCCAAGCCUGCUCGCCGCCCGCCAGAUGAGGACGCGUUCAUGACCGCGCUCGCCAUCGCAAGCAACGCCCCCAGGCGCUACAUCGCCGGCGGCGCCAUCGCUCUCUUUGCCGUGAUCGCCGCACACCUGCUCCUCACUCUCACGAACUACCGGUAUAGAGCCCUCGCAGUCCGCUUCGGCUUGUCCCCAGAUGGGCUCUUCCUCCAGAACGUCCUAUAUGAACAGCCCGCGGCGAUCUACACCCACUUCUCCGCGCCCGAAGACGCGCGCGCGAACGCGACCUUCGUCGUCUUGGCUCGGAACUCGGAGGCCAAGGGCGUAGAGCAGAGCAUCCGCGACAUAGAGGCACGCUUCAACGCUCAAUACCAGUACCCCUAUGUCUUUCUCAACGACGAGGAGUUUAGCGAUGGGUUCAAGGCGCGCGUACUGGCGCUCACGGACGCGCCGGUCGAAUUUGGUUUGAUACCGAGCGAGCACUGGAACCAGCCCGACUGGAUCGACGAGGAGCGUGCGCUUGAAUCGCGCAAGAAGAUGAAGCAUGACGGGGUCAUGUAUGGAGGCAGCCUCUCCUACCGCAAUAUGUGCCGCUUCAACUCAGGUUUCUUCUACCGCCAUCCCCUCAUGCUCAAGUACCGGUACUACUGGCGAAUAGAACCGGACGUCCACUUCCACUGCGACAUCAACUUCGACCCGUUCUUGUUCAUGCAGCAGAACAAGAAGGUUUAUGGCUUCACCAUGGCCGUCCACGAGAUCGCGCAGACCGUGUCCUCGCUAUGGUCGACCAUCCAAGCGUUCAUUGAGGCGAACCCAACCGCCCUCGCGCCCUCCAACUCACUCGACUUCGUCUCCUCCGACGCCGGCGCGUCCUACAACCUCUGCCACUUCUGGUCCAACUUCGAGAUCGGGGACAUGGAGUGGUACCGAGGGGAGGUGUACAGCAGGUUCUUUGAGUGGCUGGACCGGGCGGGUGGGUUUUAUUAUGAGCGCUGGGGCGACGCACCGGUGCACAGUCUUGCCGUCGCGCUUUUCCUCAACACCAGUCAAGUGCACUUCUUCGACCCUAUUGGGUACCAGCACGAUGAUUGGUCGCAUUGCCCGUUGAAUCGGGACCUGUGGGAGCAGGGCGAGUGCGAUUGUCGGUGGAGAGGGGAGUUUGACUACAUGCCCGCGUCGUGCAAGGCGCGCUGGGACCAGCUGAAGCUCAAGACGUUGAACGCCACGACACAUUUAUGAUGAUCGCGAGCGGGGCGGAAGGCGGCCAACCCACGUCGUAACAAUCACCCUCCCUUCAUCGUGGAAAUUCAGUAUAGAAUCUGCUGUCCGUCCGCGUUCGGCAAGCAUACAAGCUCUGGAAAUGGAUCCAAUACCCCUUGGACCUGCACCAUUUCUCUCGUCGUCUGUCGUUCGCUGGGGACUUUGUACAAUAUUUAUGCUCAGCAGGACGUACCUUAUCGCUAAUGCCCAUUAGAGUACCAACACAGAUAGUAGCAUCAAUGUACUCUGCACUGUACCAUAAGACGUUCGCUGGGGAGAGCGAGACAUG